CUCUGGGCGCGCCGAGGAAGAGCGGAGGCUCGGUAGGAGGAAGCGAGCGAGCGAGCUAGCAAGUUCCGCAAGCGUUUUGGAGAAAUACAAAUCACCCGCCUCUUUCCGACCUCCUCAAGAUGGAGGAGCCGUCAGUCUGCCUCGCCCACUCAGAGCUUAUUUCGACCGAGCCACUCCUUCCGUCCAAUCACACGGCAGUUCAGACCUUCUGGGGUGGGCCUAUGAAGCCUUUCGAGCUCGGAUUGGUGAGUUCGGCGGGACGCCUUGAGAAUAAGAGUCCUGGAAAGACAGGCGGGAAGUUCUAAAUAAUGAUCCGGUUGUCCGUGGAUGCCGCGGUUGGAGAAACGAUGGAGGCGGAAGCGACAGCGGUGGAGCUUCUAUCUCAGGUCAAUGACAUUUUGACGUAUGAGGAUCAAACCACGAGUGAAACGAGAUUGGAAUUACCAGCCCAGGUCUUAGCUGAGCAUGCAGUGAACACUAGGAAGACUCAGAAGUUGAUGUACACCCAACUACAAGUGCUUAAAUUCCUUCUGGAUUUUCUUGACUCUGCCCCUCGCAUCCAGAAUGCCUCUGACUCUGCUACUCAGAAAGAAAUGGAAGAAGCCAAGAAGCAAUGGAAGGUGCACAAAGCAGAUUACCAGCAACAGGUGGAGGCUAUCAGGGGAGCUGUGCCUCAGAUCCUGGCCAAACAGGAGGAGGUCCAGAGCCGGGCUCGGCUUUUGGAGGAGGCUCUGCAGCGCUACCGAGCAAAGAAAGAAGAGGUAGAGGAAAAAACAAGGAAUGCCCAGAAGAAGGACCUGCAAAAACAGGAGCUCUUGAGAGAGAGACACCAGCAACUAGAGCAACAGGUUGCCGAAUUGCAGGACAGGAUGCAGAAGCAGCAGAAGGAAUUGGAAUGCUUGCAGGCAGAGGUUGGGGAACAAACCAGGCUCUGGCAAGAGAAAACGCAGAAAAUGCAGAGAAUCUCUGAUUUCCGAUGCCUUUUGGAGAGUUUGCAAGGGGUGAAGGUGAUCUGCGUCUCAGAGAAUGACAUGGAGGUGGAGCUGACUUCUCAACCCCAGCCUGAGAUUUCUGCCUCUCAUGGUCUGAAGCUGCAUUUACACUGGGGGGAGGAUGGCAAUGUCACUUUGCAGAGUGACAGCCCUUCUUUCCUUCUCUCUGGGGAGCUUCCCCUGGGGACUUGCAGCACCAUCAAAGGGCUCCUCCUGGAGCUGCAGCACAGCUAUUCCCAACAAGCACAGCUUUUGGCGGAGAUCGAGUUGCUGCAGAACUGUUUUGCAAUUGAUUGGCAGCCAGGGAAGAGACUGCUCAGUUACUUGAACCCUUCGUCAACUUGUAGCCUCUACGUGGAAUCGGGAUAUCCAGCCAGCGGGCAGGUUCGCCUUCUCUCAAUAAAGACUCAACAAGGCACAAUUGACGUGACUUCCUACAAGCCCCCACAGGAAAAACCUUCACUGCAAAAUUGGCUGGUGUACCUGAGCACUAUGGACUUCAAAACUCCCUUCCCGACCUGAAAAGCUUCUACUGCCUAUGUUUGUGUAAUGUGAUGAGGAUCAAGGCCAAUAUCACUCGUUAUGAUAUCUUUUUGAAGAAGAAGGAAAUUGAAUUUAACCGGGACAGUUAUAUUGUGUAUACAUAUAUAUAUGUUUGUGUUUGUUUGUUUUUUUGCUGUAUUUUGGGCCACAUCAGCCUCCACUUCCCUCCCCUUUCACUCUUGCUUGCUUUGAAUUGAGCUUCCAGUUCUCCUCUUCGAGUUCUCCUACUUGUCUGUUACUCUGACAUAGUUUUAUGGCUGGUUGAGUGUUAGUCACCCAUAGUCUAUGUCUCUAGUACAUUGCAUCUCCACAUUGUUGCACAUCUAAAAUCCUUUGAUCAAUAAAAUGCUCUUUGGAGGUUUCUAGCUCUCAUUUAUCCGAUGGACUUAAUUGUAAGGCAAGGUUUGUUUCAUUAUCUUGUAAUUCUUGUCUCUUUUUUUUUCAGACAAUUACUGAUAAUGAAUAAUUUUUUUCACCCAUGUUUAUGUGGAGCACAUUACAAGUUGGGGGAAUGUAAACUAAUCCAAAUGAGAUUUUUAUGCAUAUCUGAUCCCUUAUGAUACACAAAUUACUGCUGGAAUCCCCCCAGGGAUGAUCCUACUGCAGUUUUCACAAGAGAAAAGCCAAAAAGUGCAUUUUAGAUACCGAAUAAAGAUGGAAAGUUGUAGUUUAAUCUGAUGUUAGAACUUGUCAGUUUCUCAUGCAAAUGAGCAACCAAUAAAUGAA